CCUUCUCGUGAUGGCGCUGAGCUUACAAGAAUCAGCAGCAUCCAUUAAAAUUCCAUCUUCUUUCCAUUUAUUUGCAGAAGCAAAUGGAUUUCCAUGGCGUUUGUAUUCCCUCUUCAAAUCACCAUUAUUCCCUUUCCCUCCUCCUUCCAAACCUUUCCUCAUCAAGAAAACAAACUCCACAUCUUCCUCCUCUCUCAAUCUCUUGUUCUAGCAAUGUUAAAUGGAGGGAAUGUCUGCCAUCUACUGUAGGGCGGAGAGUGAUUUCCAUCUCAUUUCUAGGAUUUGGGGUUUCAAGAUUGUUGUCCAUGUCUGAAGCCAUGGCUGAGCCCGCGUUGGAGCUCUACAGAUACACUGAUCCCAAAGAGGGCUUCACUCUCCUUGUACCCUCUUCCUAUGUCAAGGUUGAUAAAGCAGGGGCAACUGUUUUGUUUGAGAAUGCAAGCAAGAAGGCUAACAAUGUAGGUGUGGUGGUGGCUCCAACUCGAAUUUCUAGUCUUGGUGAAUUCGGGACUCCUCAGUUUGUGGUGGAUAAGCUUAUCCAGGCUGAGAGGAGAAAGGAAAGUACUAAGGAAGCUGAAGUGAUUUCUGUGUCGGAGAGAUCGGGCGAAGGUGGGGCUCAAGUGUAUGAGUUUGAAUAUAAGUUGGAUAGCACCAGAGGGGGCAUGAAGAGGGUCUUUUCUGCUGCAGUGGUAGCAUCUAAGCGACUCUACCUUUUGAAUAUCACUCACUCUGAUAGUGCAGAAAGCCCUUUGGAUACGGAUACAAGAAACGUACUCGAACAAGUUCUGCAUUCAUUUGAUGUCGUUCCUUCGUCAUAAACGAGUAUCGGAUUUCAUGCCAUCCUUCAGCUUGUACAUUUAAGAAACUAUGUAAGCAUGAUGCAGUUUUCAGGGUUUUUGCCUAUUUGCAAAAACAGAAACAUGACCUAUAGAAAGGUUUGACACAAGGUGGCAUGGUUUUACUUCCAGAAAACUAUAUACACAAAUUUAUUGAAUUU